CCCCAGGGCAACGCUGCAGGACGCAGCGGUGGGAAUUUUCGACCUCCACCGCGGUUAUGAGCACUCACGGUACCCAGGCGGUGGGCGUGCGCUUUCUCUGAGGCCCCGGUGCCCACCUGUUGGGCGCGAGGGUCGAUUCCCAGUCCCCAGCGGCUGGGAGCCGGCCUUGCAGGGAGAGCCGGACCCUGUGCGCUUUCCUGUUCUUUUUCCAAGUUUGGCUUAAAAGGUGCCUCCGGGUACUGAGGGUUAGGGCUUCGCGCCCUAGGAGCUUCCAGGUGGCUGUGAUUUGUACCUCCUCCCCGAUGCCCGCCAAGGUCUCCAGUUGGUAGACCCGUGUCACACUCGGAGCGGUGGCCACUGGCCUUACGUGGCACAGUCCUCGUGAGGCGGACACUGGGGUAGUUCCUCACUGCACCCCAGCGUGGACAAAGUGUGAGGCUGAAGGAGACAGGUGAAGGCCGUCAGUGUCAGCAUUGGGGCGCUCGGCUGGUUCUAUCAGUUCUUUCACGUGGUACAGCCUGACAGGUUGUAAGUCCUUGGUGGGGAUCCAGCGCAGAAAGUGCCUGCCCAGGCCAGCACAGGUCAGGAGCUAAGUGGUGACUGCAGAAGGCUGUGGGAGGUCAGCAAAUCCCAGCAGGCUUCCUGGAGGAGGAGGUGCUUCAGUCAGACUGCCAAUGCAUCUCCCCUUCUCUGCUGGCCUGGCUGCCCUGGCUGUGUCCAGGCACCUCACCUGGGUGCUUGCUCCUUUGCAGUCCUGGGGUGGGUGCUGAGGCACAGGAACUGCUGCCUGGGGGCUCACGGGUCAAGGGUGGGCCGUGUCCUCAAGUUCUUCCCUGCCUCCUGCGGGGAGAAGGCUGGGCUCUGGCUCCUCCCUGCGCUCCAGCCGUGUCUUCCUUGGUGUGUUUCGUGGGCUGCGUUGGUGCAGGAAUCCUGCCUCUUGCACGUCCCGCGUGUUUUCUCACCAGUGUGAGUGUGUUGAUGCCAGGCCCUUGUUCUCUCGACAUGUCUUUGGAAGCCCUCCUGUCCCCUGCCACCCCGGGGGUGGGUUCCCCCCAUGUAUGCUGCUGGCCAUGGCCCUGCGUGCCGGCUUCGCCUUUCUGUGCUGCGCUGGUGCCGGCUGUGCCUGCCUCCCACCGUGGCUGGGCAGGGGGCCUCUGUCUAGGUCACCUUGUGUCUGAGCCCCUGGCCCGGUGUCUGGAGCCUGGUGGGCACCCAGCAAGUCUUCAUGAGUGGACCGGACAUAAGAGCAGGCAAAGAGGACACGGGGAGACCUGCACCUGUGGUGAGGGGCCUCCUCAGCACGUGGAAAGCUUGAACUGGGGUGACGGGACUUCCCCUCUAUUUGUGGAGAAGAGACUCAAACUGACAAGGGUCCAUGGAGCCAUACGUGACAAGGACCAGCUCCGCGGGAAGGCGGCCCUGCCCUCUGUGAGAAGAUGUCAUAUGGGUCCAUCGCCGGCAGUGGCAGGCUGGGGAGCCACGGCCCUUUCGGGGGACCCUCCAGACAAGGCUACCAGCCACUUGCCACCCGCGUGGAUCCCAGGGACCUGCAGGAGCUGUUCCAGGAGGCGUCAGCCAGUGUCUUCCACAUCAACUCCAGUGUGAGCUCCUUGGAGCAGGGCCUCCGGUCCCUGGGGACAUCGAGUGACACUCAGCAGCUGCGGGACAGUCUGCACUGGGCCCAGCAGGAGACCAACCACACUGUGGCCGCCGGCGCUGGCGCCGUGAAGCAGAUGUCGGAGCUGCUGCGGGGCUGCUCCCGGCAGGAGCGCCUUCAGCUGGACCGCCUGAGGACUCAGCUCUCGGAGGCCAUUCAGCGCUAUGGAGCGGUGCAGAGGAACAUUGCAGAAAGGUCCCAAGCCGUGCUUCCCGCCGCGCAGCCGGGCGGCAGACAGCAGAGCCCCCAGGCCCCUUUGGCGGAACCGGCCGACCCGAAGCUCUGGCACGAGGACGGCUGUGUGUGGCAGGGCCAGGAGCAGGCACCGUGCCCCGAGGUCACCGAAGACUGGGAGGCCACGCGGCUGCGUGAGGAGGCCGUCUUGCAGAUCGAGAGCGACCUGCUGGAUGUGAGCCAGAUCCUCAAGGACUUGGCCUCCCUGGUGUCGGAGCAAGGAGAGGCCAUUGAUAGCAUUGAAGCCAGCCUCGAGGCUGCGUCCGCGCACACAGAGGCCGCCAGCGAGCUCCUGGCUGGGGCCAGCCGGCACCAACCGACAUACAAUGCUGUUUUGGCCUCAGACGGACCACGCAGUGACUGGACACUCAUCUCCAGAGACGCAAGAUCAAGUGCUACUUCCUGUCAGCUGGAGUCACUGUUCUGCUGGUCAUCGUCCUCAUCAUUGCCACCUCUGUCCGAAAGUGAUGCCAACGUGCUGCAUGUUCCCAGUGCGCCCUCUCGCUGGGCUUGGUUCAGGACGGAAACCAGGACCCCUGCUCCCCAGGAGCUCCCCGUGUGGUGGGGGUCCCGCGUGCAAACAGGACCCAUUGCCAGCUCUGGGUGCACAGCGGUGAAGUCCACGGGAACAGGUGGCACGGAGCAGGCGUCCAGGUGUCUUCCGAGGAGGAGGAGGUGCCCCCUGGCCCGCGGGCAGCGGCCUCUUGCAGCCCAGAAUCCCGGGCUGCCCUGCAGCAUCCGAGGCCGCCAGCCCACUUUGGCCGGAAGUGCCCGGCGCCCCCUCAACCAACCUCUGCUCCCUGCCCCUGGCAGGUCUCCAAUUUAAAUACCCAAAUUGUUUACGUGUUGAGAUCAUUUGACAAGGGACCAUCUUGUAUUUGCAAUUCAAUUGACUAUGAUACACUGUAUUACAAUUACA